AUGCCAUUAUCCACUUCGACAAAGAAAAAUUUCAUUCGCGUCGGCAACGUAUUGUCGCUUCUGCUUCUCUUUGUUGCCAAUGCCGUUUCUCUAAAUUUGCAUCCUUCCCCCAUUGACAUCUACUACAAACAUUUGACAUACCUUUCUCCUUCUCUGAUUUUUGUCGGAAUAUUUGUGAUUGUGCUCUAUGUGUUAUUGUUUGGCUUUGUCUUUUAUGUGCAAUUUAGCAACGCCUUCAUCAUACAGCGAGUUGUGACAAGCACAGUAGGGUGCUUGCUCAUCGUUAGCAAUCUCCUCAUGUGUGGUUGGUUAUUUUCUUUGACGUCGGAAAAGUUUUACCUGAGCGAAAUGUUUAUGUUCUUGGCCCUGUUGGUGACCCUAAGGUUUCACCACAACAUCGUCGUUCACUUUUCACCCACCUCUCACCCUUCAACGCAAGUCACCAAGAUCAUCGCUUUUGUCAAUACUCCGUUUUCCAUGUACACCGCUUUUACUUUGGUAGGUUUUGUGUACACUGGUUUCUUGGCGUUCACCAAUGACGACGAAUUAUUCGCUUUCGUGGCUGUUGUUUGUACCUGGCUUCUGGCGAUCUUCGGGAUGGCGUGGACCGUAACUGGCAUCUGGAGUGGAGGCAGAAGGGAUGGUGUCAUGGGUGCUGCGAUUGCAUGGGCUCUGCUCGCGAUUGCGGUUCAACAACGAGAAGUCAGACACAUAUCCAUUCAGUGCACAGUGCUCUCAGUUACCAUGUCCGUGAUCUUACUUGUCAUUUGGAUUAACUACGGCGGAAGUUUAUCACAAGCAGCGAGAUCUCAACGCAACAUCGUCGUUGAGCAGUAUGCACCAUUGCUGCAUAGUGAGAGUGACGGCUAG